AUGAAUAUGAUGAUCAUCAACAACAUCAUGGGGACAGGAAGUAACAACGUCAUGGGGACAGGAAGUAACAACAUCAUGGGGACAGGAAGUAACAACAUCAUGGGGACAGGAAGUAACAACGUCAUGGGGACAGGAAGUAACAAAGUCAUGGGGACAGGAAGUAACAACAUCAUGGGGACAGGAAGUAACAACAUCAUGGGGACAGGAAGUAACAACGUCAUGGGGACAGGAAGUAACAACAUCAUGGGGACAGGAAGUAACAACGUCAUGGGGACAGGAAGUAACAACAUCAUGGGGACAGGAAGUAACAACGUCAUGGGGACAGGAAGUAACAACAUCAUGGGGACAGGAAGUAACAACAUCAUGGGGACAGGAAGUAACAACGUCAUGGGGACAGGAAGUAACAACAUCAUGGGGACAGGAAGUAACAACAUCAUGGGGACAGGAAGUAACAACGUCAUGGGGACAGGAAGUAACAACAUCAUGGGGACAGGAAGUAACAACAUCAUGGGGACAGGAAGUAACAAUGUCAUGGGGACAGGAAGUAACAACAUCAUGGGGACAGGAAGUAACAAUGUCAGGGGGACAGGAAGUAACAACGUCAUGGGGACAGGAAGUAACAAUGUCAUGGGGACAGGAAGUAACAACGUCAUGGGGACAGGAAGUUACAACAUCAUGGGGACAGGAAGUAACAAUGUCAUGGGGACAGGAAGUAACAACGUCAUGGGGACAGGAAGUAACAACAUCAUGGGGACAGGAAGUAACAAUGUCAUGGGGACAGGAAGUAACAACGUCAUGGGGACAGGAAGUAACAACAUCAUGGGGACAGGAAGUAACAAUGUCAUGGGGACAGGAAGUAACAACGUCAUGGGGACAGGAAGUAACAAUGUCAUGGGGACAGGAAGUAACAACGUCAUGGGGACAGGAAGUUACAACAUCAUGGGGACAGGAAGUAACAAUGUCAUGGGGACAGGAAGUAACAACGUCAUGGGGACAGGAAGUAACAAUGUCAUGGGGACAGGAAGUAACAACGUCAUGGGGACAGGAAGUAACAAUGUCAUGGGGACAGGAAGUAACAACGUCAUGGGGACAGGAAGUAACAACAUCAUGGGGACAGGAAGUAACAAUGUCAUGGGGACAGGAAGUAACAACGUCAUGGGGACAGGAAGUAACAACAUCAUGGGGACAGGAAGUAACAAUGUCAUGGGGACAGGAAGUAACAACGUCAUGGGGACAGGAAGUUACAACAUCAUGGGGACAGGAAGUAACAAUGUCAUGGGGACAGGAAGUAACAACGUCAUGGGGACAGGAAGUAACAAUGUCAUGGGGACAGGAAGGAACAACAUCAUGGGGACAUGA